CAGUCUCUUGCUUCUAUCCGAAAAGGAGAGUGCACCCUUUGAAGCCAUGGAGCGGGUGCGACCCAUUCGAAGCCCACGAGGAACCGCGUCACCGUGCCGAAGACCGUUGACAGCAGAGGUGCUUGGGACAAAAACAGCAAAGGACCUGCAGAGAUUGAUGAGGACGCCGAGGGUGUUUCACCGGCAAAGUGACCUUCGUCACAUGAAGAGAAAUGAGCUCCGGGCGAAUUUGCUGCCAUGUAUUCUUCAGACUCCUGAUGCCACAGAGGGGGAAACAGAGGACGUGGAGAAGUUCAAGAAGCGCUCUGAUUAUAAACAGAUUCUUGGGAUCAAAAAUGAAAGCGAAGCGCAGGACUUCGAGAAAACCACUAUUGUCGGUUUUCCAGAGGAGUGGGAUCCCGCCCAUCAAGCUGUCAACGCCUGCAACUCCCUGAGGGACUUGGUCUCUGAAAAGGCAAGCAGAUUUUGCCGACCCAUUGAUGGAAUGGUGAAUACUAGCAGCGGUCUUCCCUUCGUGCACAAGGAUCAAGCUGUAGAUUUGGAGGAGCUGAUGAACGUUUUUACCAUUGAGAUCCAAAAGCAGCCCGAGCAAAUCCACAAAGUCACCAGAGGAUCUGCUACGAGUCGUUUGCAGCUUGCAUCGCGUGUUCCGCUACUCGUCAAAGAUCCUGCUACUGAUCUUACGAUGCAGACGCAGCCUUUGCCGAAUGAUGUGCACACACUGCGGUUGGACAUGAAUCCAAAGGAGGUGAGGCACAUUACAUGCGAUAUGAAGAGCCGCCACUUCAAAGGCAGUGAACUAGAAGGGCGGUUGAUGUCCGUCGUCCACCCAGAGCGGGGUGUUUUGGCGAAGAUGUUGAGCGCUCUGCAGCAGAAGGAGCGCGAGGCCCAAGGACUCACUGCUGUUUUGAAUCAUUUGCUGCGAGAGGUGUCCAAGCCCUUGCGCCCGCAGAAUAUCUCUUCAGCGGAACGGCUUGACGCUUUGCUCAGUGAGCCUCGUCGCACGCUGGCCCAACUACUCUCAGUUUCAGAUCGCUUGGCAGAAGUUGUGCAGCCUUUGGUGGCUUCUGUGGCGCACGCGAUCGAUCGAAUGGCUUUGAUUUGUGUCCGCGAGGUCGACCGUUUGGCCAGCUACUGCGAUACAGAGUUCGACAAACUUCUCAAGGCACUGAACACUAGUGAAGAAGCCAGAAUAGAAGCAGAAGACCGCAUAGACAAGAUGGGCGGUCGUACAGUCGGCAAUGAUUUUCAAAGCAGAUUGAAGAACAUGGAGAACGAGCUUCAACAACACGCACGGACUCAUGCGAAGCUCAUCGAGGAGAAGAAUGACCUUGAGGCCAUAUUGCAAGAUGAUGCUCGAGUUGCUGCGGCCUUGAGAGUCAAAGUGAAAGAAUUGGAACAGGAAGUGAAGUACCUUCGUCGAAACACUACUUGGCGCGCAAGGAAGAGUGAUACAGCAAGCUCUGUGCCACAAACCCCUUCGCGAGCUGCUAGUGUCAAACCAGAUGCAGACGUUCUAGCAUUGGACAUAGACGAAACUGAGGGUGGACAAUCCUCGUCCUCUUCAGCCUUCCAGAUCUCUGCGCCACCUGUCUUCGUCGUGACUGCUUCAACGCAAUCAGAAACUGAGUUCUACUUCUGCAAAGGAGAAGACUUUCGACCACCAGCAGAGCUGAGUUUCUAUCAGUACACUGACGUUUUGGAGACAAUAAAUCGAUUGUUUGUGAUGCUGGCAAGAUAUGAGUGGAAUGAGAAGACUGCGAGCUUCCUUCGUAGGAAUGAGGAUGACAUCACUUCGGAGGAAGAGGAGGACGUCCCAGGACCAGUGGGAAACGAGGCAAUUUCGAAAAGUGGUAUGCGAGAAAGAGAGAUUCGGCGUUUGAAAGGCAAAGUUGAAGCGGCGCAGCAACAGGCAGCUUCUGCUCAAUUGAAAGAACAAGUGGCUCUGCUGCAGCUCUUGGCCAAGAGCAGCUUCGAUGCUUGGUUCGCGAAGGUCUUGAAGGACUUGGGCUCAAGCCAAGUGGGUUCUGAGCCUGAGUUGCCAAGUCCAGAGAAGCUCUUCACUGCUGUGAUGGAGGUGACGCAAACUGAAGGAUUACAGCGACGCAUUCGCGAGCUUGAGGACAAGAUGAAACGCCUCAUUCCGAUGGCCGACCGCCUCCGAAAGAACGAAGGUGGCGACAACGGAUUCUGGAAGAGGGUGAUGCGAUCUGUGCGCCAUAGCAUGACUGCGCGAAGAGGAUCCUUUGCGAUGAAAGCAGAUGCUCUCCAGAGAGCGUAUUCUGAAAGAGGUGACGGAUUCCAGACCGGACAACUAGACAGGUUGCAAGGAGAGCUGUCCUUGAUUUGGCAAGCACUUCCUCCGAAGCCAGCAAAGCUUGCCGCAGGAACCCUUCUUCUCAGGCCAAUGGCACCUCAGGUGUUGCAGGAAGCUGUGCGCAACUACUUCCUGAAGUCCUGUGGCAGACACAGACAGGUGGAACAAGCUGUUUGUAACCUGUGUCGAUUGAUUAUGCAGUUCGCCAACAGCUCCAAAGUACUGCUUUUUGCAAUCAUGUGCGACAUCGUCACAGUUGCAGAGUUGGAGGGUCGCAUGCCACAGGUGAUGAACAAUAUCGAACCAUAUGUGGACAGCUUGAAAGUGGAUUAUUUGGCAAACCUUCCCUUUGAUGCAGUCCAUACCAUGAGCGAGUUCAUCUCUGCGAUCAAGAAUGCAAAGCAAUUUGCAGGAGCUCAUGACGGGAGUUUGCAAAGGAUUCCGCAGCACCAUGGUGAUGCAGACCACCACCGAGGUCUAGACAUUGAGAGGGAAGACAUGCUUCUGCCCUGUCCGCUGAUCCUUGCAGCUUCCUCUAUCAUUUGCAGCCGCAGCAAGGUGACAGCCCACAACUUCAACCUGGUGUUGCUGAGUUUUGCACGGCGACCCAUUCUGAAACCGAAGGGAGAGGACCAGGACAAAGAGCGAGAACGUCGCAAUUCAAGAUUCAGCGACAAAGCUGAUAUCGAGGUCGAUGUGCGCUCUAUCUCAAGGAAAUCGGAAGAGUCCUUCGACAGCAUGACUUCAGGAGGUGAAGCGGAAGCCAACGUGUGUGUCGAGGCCUUGUUCGUCUCACAUUUACUUGCUGCUGACCGUUUCCGGCGCCAUCCAGACAUGUGGGAGGAAACCGAUUCUUUCGUUGACAGCCUUUGGGAAGCCAUCGUGAAGACGGCCCGCGAAAAGAAGCGGCAGAGUAUCUUCAUUGAAUUGGAUCAAACAGCUGAUGCAGUGAUGGCUGCUCAGGUCACAAAAGAGCGCUUUCGACUGCAGGUCCCCGAAUCUCUUGUGGAAAAGGCGCUAUUAGCAAUGCAGCCACAAGAUGACACCGAGGACACUCACCAGGGCAAGGUGCAGCUCACCAAAGAGGCGGUCAGGAACUUGAUGUACCUUUGGCAACAACACGGUGGUGCCGCCAGCAUGUGUUUUAUGGAGAGUCAUGCCCUUUGGGCGGCGCUUUGGGCCAUGGGCCUAGAGCGGGCGUAUGAGGUGCAUCUUAUGGGUAAGUUCUUUGGCAUUUUUGACGAAUCUGGGGACGACUGCCUUCAGUAUGAUGAGUUUGUCAACUUCAUGGCUCAUAUUGCGCCAGCAGUGCCGGAGGUUGCCCACGCAAAAAGGAACAGAGCAGAACAUGAUUUUGUUCUUCUGUAGGCAGUUGGUUCCGGGAAUUUCUUUAGAACACGUUUCAUGCACAGAAACGUUUAUGAGAAACUAUCCAAGCAAAUCCAUUCUAUGUUUGGAAUGACCUCUCUCAAAUAGCAGAGCCAGGCAGACUGCGCAUCACUCUUCAUGGCCGUUGCAGAUGACACCUCUGCAGAUAUGACUCAGGAGGUCUUUUUGAAUUUGGUUCAGCGAGUGGGUGUGUCUUCUGACCUGGAUGGGCUGGAGAACCUGGUGAAGACCCAUCAGGAGGCCGUCAGACUUGACCUGCUGUGGCUGCCAACCCAGUGUCACAUCCGCUAAGGCACAGAACAAACAACGUUGAUAGAUGGAGUCUCACAGAUCCAAAGAGAGAGAGACAGGCCAAGGAAUGUGUAUGAUGCAAAGGCCGAGACACUUGCAUUUCAGUUCCAUGUAUAUAUUAUACAUAUGUCUGAGCACGCCGAAGGUGUAACUGCUCCUGUACAUAGCACAGGCCUGCGCAAUGAACGCAAGCACACGGGAAUCGCGGCAGACAUUUGCUGCCAAAGGACAUGAUUCCAAAAAUGCACCGAUGCCCUUGCUACGAAUAGCUUCUGCACAUACAAGACUGCGGGCAUCCGAAUGAGCUGCUCCCAACUUGAGUCUUGAA